UGGCAGACAGGCUGGAAUGACGUCGACAGGCGUGGUAAUAACAAUGAGAACACUAUUAAGUCCAGACUACACAGACUCUCAGGCAAAGUGUGGAGACAUUAAAAAAAAAACCUGGAGGGUGUUUUUAAAGUAUAAAACCUAUGCAUUUAAAGUCCUCUGCCUGUGGUCACUUCACUGAAACUUUCACUUGAGCCGAAACAAAUGAAACCACAUACUAUGGUAGUGGAGUUUCCUGUGAGUCGGGGAGUGCGCACAGAGAAUCCGAGCAGUACAGUACAUAGGAAAUGACUCAUAGGAGUUGAACUGUUAGCGUGGGUGUGUGCGCUAUUAAAACAAGGCGCAGACUCCUCCGGGUGACUCACUCUGAUGCUCGCUUUUCCAUGCUGAAAACCAGCACGGAUUGUUAAUCAGAUGAACUUUCGGGAAUUGUGUAGCCGACAGCAAGCAGCCUUUCACCCACAGACAUCAUGGCUUCAAACGCUCUCUGCGCACUCUGCGGACUUAUUAUAGCGGCGGUGACCAGUUUCCAUGGUGUUUGCGCACAAAAAAGUCAGUGCGGCAUUUCGGAGUUUUGGAACUCAGAUUUGGAUGUUUGUGUGGCAUGUUCGUCAUGCAAGCAAUACCCAAAGACCCCAUCGUGCAACACAUGUAAAUCUGUGGAGGUCACCUCUGAUGUGUGGAAACUGGCAGCCAUCACCAGUUUCUCAGUGCUGGCUGUUGUGCUGGUUGGUGCUGCACUGAUUAUCGGGGUCAUGGUACAUCGACGCAAGUCCCACAAACGGCCACUACGUGAACCGAUUGAAGAAACUGCAGGGCCACUUUAUCAAGCUUAAACAUUUCACCUCAUCUUCCUCUGGAAACAGAUGUGACAGAACCAAGGAGUGACUGGUUCAGAGCCGGAUGGAGGAACUUCUGGACUAUGAACUGUAUACUCUGAUUGCAGGGUAUCUCUUGACCAGAAUCGGACCAUUUAAUUUAUUAGACUGUUCAGUGAAGAGAUGUUCAGUUCUCAUGCUCAGUGUAGGUCCAACAGUGUCCGCAGGACUAAAGAGCAACUCUCUCACCUCAGUAGGAAUAGCAACAACAUUAUGCUAGAUUUUCAUUUUGUGUGCCUUUAUACUACACUUUUAGAGACUUUUAUCGAGAAGACCUUUGUGGGUUUACAUACUCAGAAAUAAGAUAAAACUACAGUCUUUCAUUGUGCUGUUGUCCAGCAGGACUCCGAUGAAUGUAACACAGCUCCUGCUUCCUGCUGGGCUGCAGUUUGAUACCCUGCUAUUCAGCAGGGUUAGAUGGGGUCUAUCUCCUGGUCAUUUACCACGACAGCCUCUUAAAGAUAAGUUAGCAAGACAUACUGUCAGGCUUAUUAAGGCCAUAUGAAUGUAGCUACUUUUUAGGUGAAAUGUAUUCUUGCCUUUGUCCCUGCUAGUACCUCCAUGUAUCUGUUCUUUUAAGAGUCUGCUACAGUGAUUGUUUGAAGCUGUUGUUUAAAGGAGCAAACUGUACUCAUGCACUGUUAUUGGGUCUCCUGAGACCGAAACGGACCCCUCAUCCCAGGUCCUUACAAUAUUGUCUCGUUUUGUUUUCAUGUCUCUAAGUUGUAGGAGAUUUUCGCUGGAUUUUUCUCCAUCACGACGAAUAUCAGUGCUUGUAGGACAGGAUGUUCGAAAUACUAGACAAACGAUCCCAAACUGUUAACAUGUGGGAAUGUUGCGAGGAAUGUACUGUAGCAUAGCAAAAUGACACCUAUAGUGUUUUAGGUGGAGCUACACAAUCACAACGCUUACUAACUCUCACCUGUCGAAUUGUUUCAUAAAAGAGACUUGUCAUGUCUGGAUGUCUGUUUUCAGUUUUGUGGAAAUUGUGAGAAAACCAGUGAUGGGCAGGGUUGUUUCUUUUUCCUUUUUUUUAAUAGUACAGAGUGUUUUUUUGAAGUACAAACCAUCAUGCAAUCCAUGAUUAUUGAGAAUUUUUGAGAUAUGAUGACAAUGUUUCAGGUCAGAUUUUGGAUCUGUCUGCUUGUGGGUGAACUGUCUGCCCCCUGGAAGCAAAAUUGGAAAAUUCCAUAAAGGUGCAGUAUCUAGAAUUAAGUGGCAUCUAGUAACUAACAGACCUGACAGAAAUGAAACAACAUUCAUAAGUAUGCUUUAAUUAGUGUGUAAUCACCUGAAAAUUAGAAUUGUUGUGUUUUCAUUACCACAGAAUGAGCCUUUUAUAUAUACAUAGGGAGCAGGUCCUCAUCCAUUGAGGCCGUCAUGUUUCUACAGUAGCCCAGAACGGCCAAACCUAACACUGACUUUAGAGGGGCCCAUCACCUUUUUUGGUUGUUUCAUGAACACUGUAGGUUUUCCAACAUGCUUGUAAGAGGAGUCAAAUUGUUUUCCUAGGAUGGCAAAGUCAUGACCCAGCUUUCUCUGCCUAUGACUCGCUAGUUACUGUUGCCUUUGUUUUUAAGUAUGAGGAAUGAGAUUGGUUGGGCUUAAGUAGUGCAGAUCAUGACUUCACCAUCCAAGAGAAAAAAUACUGAAAUAUGAUGGGAUAUUAUUCAGUUGGCUUCAAUCUGUACCCUCACUGUUCGAUGCCACUAAAUCCCACACACUGCACCUUUAAACUUCAGAUACUUCCAUUGUUUCUUUUUUGUUUUUGUUGUUUUUAGAUUUUUCUAUUAUUUAUUUUUUAAGUAUCUUGCGACGUUGUGUGAGGUACAAGCACAUUUUUAAAGGGACUCCAGUGAAGAUUUUUGUUAAACUUCCGCCAGGCCAGCCAACGAUGUUACUGAGCAAUAACUAACAUUUUCUGCAUAUGUUUUCCUUUGCUUUCUAUUUCUAAUUGUAUAUAAUGUACAUGCACUGGCUUAUUUUACUUAAUGCAAUCUUAUAAACUGCUUUGUGUACCAAAUGUAUUUUCACAAUAAAACUGAC